AUUUAUUUCAGUGACUUUAGUAAACAUGACCUCUAUGUCCUGGAGAAUGAGCUCAAUGUUCACGACUUUUAUCUUUCAGUGGUCUUCAUUACCUGCGGCCUGAAAUCGAACGUUCGCUUUGAAUCCAAAGACUCUCAUUUUGAAGUUCAGGCUGAUGGCUCCAUCGUAGUCAAGGAUCAUCUGAGGCUUCAUGGACACAGAGAGUUCGGUGUUGUGGCAUUAGAGGGGAAUAAUGUGUUAACUGAAACCACCGUGACAUUGAGGAAACGCCAUCCCCACCACAGACAGGCUGAACAUUCACAUCCAUCACGUGAGCUUCGGAGACAGAAGAGAGACUGGGUCAUCCCACCAAUUAAAUGCUCUGAAAAUGAAAGGGGCCCAUUUCCUAAAAAGCUCAUUCAGGUCAAAUCCAGCAGGUCAAGUGAAAUUCAAGUGUUCUACAGCAUCACAGGCCAAGGGGCCGACUCUCCCCCCGUGGGGACCUUUGUCAUAGAGAGGACUACUGGAUGGCUUAACGUGACCCGGGCACUGGACAGAGAGAAAAUAGCCAGCUAUACGAUCUUGGUCUACGCCAUCUCAUCCAAUGGGCAGCAAGUGGAGACCCCCAUAGAGAUUAUUAUUAAGGUGACCGAUCAGAACGACAACCGUCCCAUCUUCAUAGAGGAGGUGUUUGUAGGCACAGUGGUCGAAGGGUCCAUACCAGGGACUCCGGUGAUGAAUGUCACGGCAACAGACGCCGAUGACACCGAGGACACCAAUAACGGCAUUCUCGCCUACUUCAUCGUAAGUCAGGAUCCCCAAUUACCAAACAGCAUGAUGUUCACCAUCGACCGCGCCUCCGGGCUGAUCAGUGUUGUGUCCUCUGGAUUGGACCGCGAGCUGUAUCCUGUGUACACUCUGAUUGUCAAGGCCACGGAUCAGGAGGGUUUUGGAUACGAAGCCACCGCCACAGCUGUGAUCACAGUAACAGACUCCAAUGACAACGCUCCGGUAUUUGAUCCCGCCACGUACUUGGCGAAGGUCCCUGAGAACGCAGUGGGGUACGAGGUGACGCUGCUGACGGUCACAGAUGACGACGUCCCCAACACAGACGCCUGGACAGCCGUGUAUAGGAUUGUUAAAGGCAACGAAGGAAACCAAUUCGGCAUCACUACCACCCCGGACAACAUGGGGAGGCUGACCACUGUGAAGGAACUGGACUUUGAAACGAAGAGACAAUACAUCCUGUUGGUUGUGGCCACCAACAAAGCCAACUUUACUGUCCGGCUGACAACUUCAACCGCCACCGUGACAGUGGAUGUGGAGGAUUUGAAUGAGGCUCCGGUCUUCGUACCGCCAGUGAAGGAGGUCACUGUCUCGGAGGAUCUGCCGAGCGGCCAAGAGGUGGCGUCCUACACGGCUCAGGACCCCGACAAGGCGCAGAUUCAAAAGAUCACCUAUAAGAUGGGCAAUGACCCGGCCGGGUGGCUCAGCGUGAACCCGGAGAAUGGAAUCAUCACAGGAAACGGACAGUUGGAUCGGGAGUCCGUGUUUGUGAAGAACGGCACUUAUAGAGCCAUCAUCUUGGCUGUGGACAAUGGUUCACCCCCAGCCACGGGGACCGGCACCCUUCAGGUCAAACUUACAGAUGUGAAUGACAACGGACCGUAUUUGGAAUAUCAAGAUGCCGUAUACUGCCUGAAGAGUCCAGACCCCAUAUCCAUUAAUAUCAUUGACAGAGAUCAGCCCCCAUUCACCGCCCCCUACAGGGCAAUGCUGAAUCGUGAAGCUCGUGACAACUGGACCAUCAGUGUGGUGGAUCAUAGUAAUACAGAAUUGGAGAUUAAGCCAGUCAGGGAAAUGGCAGAAGACGUCUAUCAGAUACCCGUCACCAUCGCCGAUGCGGGGGACGUGACGAACGUGACGAUGCUGAAGAUGCAAGUGUGCCAGUGUACAGCCGAGAAUAACUGCGAGAGUGCAAAGGCAUUGGCUGGAGGCCUGGGCAUCCCGGUCAUCCUGGGGAUCCUCGGGGGGAUCCUGGCUCUUCUCAUUCUGCUGUUGCUGCUUCUGCUGUUUAUGAGGAAGAAGAAGGUGGAGAAGGAGCCAUUGCUGCCUCCUGAAGACGAAACGCGUGACAACGUCUAUUGCUACGACGAGGAAGGGGGCGGAGAGGAGGAUCAGGACUUUGACCUCGGCCAGCUUCACCGUGGUCUGGAUGCCCGCCCCGAGGUCAUUCGGAAUGAUGUCGCCCCGACGCUCAUGCCGGCUCCUCAGUACCGGCCAAGACCAGCCAAUCCCGAUGAGAUCGGAAACUUCAUUGAGGAGAAUCUGCACGCGGCUGACAACGACCCCACCGCCCCCCCGUAUGACUCCCUGCUGGUGUUCGAUUAUGAAGGCAGCGGGUCCGAAGCCGCCUCUCUCAGCUCCCUGCACUCCUCCAGCUCCGGGGGGGAUCAGGAUUACAGCGCUCUGAAUGACUGGGGGCCGCGCUUCACCAAGCUGGCCGACAUGUAUGGUGGAGACGAGGACUAA